UUCACGUACCAACAUGGCGUUGCUGAAAGUAUCAAGUCGUAGCUCUCGAGACCUUUUUGCUCUCUCAGUGGUGCUUUUGUUCCACUUUUUUGUUUCUCCGUGCCUGGCAGCUCCAUUGACCGUCACACAGGGAGAAUUAAAAGCAACAACCCAACAGGGAAAUUCAUCCAUAAUCAUCCCUUCGACGGCUGCAAAUAAGGAUCAAGUUGCCGCAAAGCAAACCUCUGCCCAACUUGCACCCUCAGCUCCCAAUACUCCAUCAAAAACGUCCAACACCACCAACGAUACAAACGCAGCAACAGCGGCGCCGGCAGCAGAUGAAUCUAAGCGCAACCCCGCGGUAACCGUUUCUCCUAAAACAUCCCCGGAAAAUGACAAGGCGCCAGGAGUCAACACUAACAACACCUCAGCGACCGGCGUGAAGCAAAACCCAGUCAGUGCAGGAGACCUGAAACCAGAUGAGGUGAAGGUGAAACCAGAUGAGGUGAAACCAGAUGACGUGAAAGUGAAACCAACAAAGACCCCGGAAGCUGCGCAGCCCACCAACAGUCUCGCCACUGUGUUAAUGGUCACUGACUCGGACACCGCCUCUCAGAACCCGUCCCUGCUGGAGAAAGAGCCCAUCCUUCUGACAGCCACCGAGAGGGGUCCCAAGCUACCCAUAGACCUGGAUAGUUAUCCCGACGAUGGGGAUGAUGGGGAUGACGACUACACGUAUGAUGGCGCUGCUAACCUCAGCAACGAUUACCAGCAGGAAGCCAUCAAUGAAAACAAAGACCAGCCUGUUGCUCACCCGACGCCGUCGGACGAAACGGAAGACUCUCGAGUGUCCAACGUCUACAACAGCGAUGACCAAGACUCCCACUUCUUCUUCCAUCUGGUCAUUCUGGCUUUCCUGGUGGCCAUUGUCUACAUCGCUUAUCACAACAAGAGGAAGAUCUUCCUCCUGACUCAGAGUCGACGGUGGAAGGACAGUCUGUGUUCUCGCAACACCAUCGAGUAUCACCGCCUGGACCAGAACGUGAACGAAGCCAUGCCCUCGCUCAAAAUGACCCGGGAUUACAUCUUUUGAUUUGGGGGUUAGUGAGUACAUAAAUGUCGGAGCACGUCACGAACUGAGACGACCACAAGCAGAAAGAGUCUGUGCCAGAGUGUCCGACUCAUUCGGUACGAUCCAUCCGGUUUCUGCAUCGAGAGAUUGUUCUUUAUAUUUGUCAUAAUAAUGUUUCUUAUUUUUCUAAAUUAACCGGAUGGAAACUAGCUUUUUUUUUUCCUUUCAUUUCUCCAAGCCUGCCUUCAGUCUAACACACUACACAGGCAGCAGUAUUUGGAUGUUGAUCGGAGCAAAUACUUCAAGGACACUGCAAUGUCGACGAAGUGCUAUGCAAGUCUGGCCUGGCAGAUAACAAACAAACAGAAAAGUUGUGCUAACAGGUAUGUUUUCACUGCGUUUACGUGAUGCAACUUGACCCUUAAAUCAUCUGAACAGAGGCGAGAACACAACACUAAAAACUACAAAGAUGCCAUGAGAGCAUCACGCCUCAGUCACUUUUGUUUCUUAUCCAAAUAUCACUUUAACCAUUUGUUUACUUUUUUGUUGAUAUCAAGUUGUGUUACCUUAGCACCAGUGAGGAAAUGUAUUUGUCCGUAUACUGCUGUAGCUCCUAAACACUUUUUCUUGUGCCAGCAAUCGUGGGCGUCCGUAUAAUAUGGAGACGCAUAUGGUUUCGCUAGAUGCUCAUAGAAACAAACUAUUGACAAAUCUAAACGCCCAAACAAAGAAGUUAGUUUGUUGUGUGCAAAAGAAAACAUAUAAACAAGGAAGACUUGAAGAGCUGAGCCGAGCAAACAAGCAGUCUGUCUAAUGGUUGUAGUCUCGCUGGUGUUUGGGGCCACUGCUGCUGAUAGAUUAGCUUUUCGUGAUACAUUUUGUAUCUUAGUUAUCAGAAAUGGCUCUGUAAUGGCCCCCAGAGGGGGCUCUAUUGAAACUUUGGCUUUGGAGUUGGCGUUAGUGAUAGGAUGCCCGUGUGCUCAGUUGGUACCAGUGGCAUUGUUAAGUUGAAACUGAAUCUUGUGUCAAAGAUUUUUUUGCGCACUAAAGCAAAACGUCUCUGUUUGGUUGAGGAGUCUGGACUUCAUGUCCUGGUGAAUGCUCUGCAACCUAAUAUACAGUCUCGUACAUGUCGUCGUCGUGUCCCGAAACAACCCCACCAGCCAAUUUCCUGAUGAAUUUGUCAAGCUGCCACUGUGUGGAUUCUAAUGUCUGAUGCAAUUGCUGGCGAAAAUAAGGUGGUGGUGAAGGUGACCACAAACGUGCUCAGUUAACAGCAUUAUAGCGGUUUAAAGAUCCCCGUCUUAGACGUCUGCAGGUUUGACUACUAAUCACACUCCUGUUUCGGGGUAUUACUUUUCUAGUUAUACUAAACUUGAUCAUUACUUCCUGCUCUUGCCCUUGUCAGGGCUCUUUGUUUUUUUUGACUUCGAUGAAGUUUCCAAUGUUGUGUUUCGGUUUUGCCUUGUGUCACCAUCUUAGUGGACUUUUCUUGCACAAACAUGUUCCGACCGACACAGUCGCCAUCGCUCACCUGUCAUCUCCAGCUGUCUUGUGCCGACAAAAAGGUACCUUUGCGGCGAUGACCAACGUGAGCUCUGCACUGUGCUGUCGUCCUGUUUGAUGGACGGAGGUGCCUGGGGCGCGGGUGAUGGAUCGACACUUGCUCUCGCAAUCAAUUGUAGAAAAUACUUUUUUCAAUAAAGCACAACUCUUGUAAGGCUGUCCCGAAUUUGUUUUUCUAAUAAUUAUUCGAAUACAAAUCAUUUUGAGGAGUUGGGUUUUGCGUCUUCCUUUUUUCCAUAGGUAGCAAUAUCACUGUUGGCCACAAGGAGACAGUAUAAGCACACAAAUAAUAAGGUGUGUCACGUGUGCUCAGGAGAAUUUAGUUGUCUGGAUUGACGCAGACGUCACGCACGAUGUUGCUCUUCAGUAGUAUCCUCUGUCGCACCGUCUGCUUGUUUUUGCCAACAAGACAUUUAUGAAGUUUCCUCGCCGCUUGUGUUCAACUUUCACAGAAGCUGGGUUUUGUUUAUGUUCGCCGAGGGGUUUUUAUUGAAGUGCUUUUAAUGUCCAGGAUGUUUCGGGCUGGUGGUGUUAGAAUCAAGCGCAGUCAUCCGGGAGAGACUCAGUGUUGCACCCCUCAUUAUGAGGGGCCACUUGAGGUGGCUCAGGUGAGAGGACUGUGACCUGAGCUGCCUACUACCUAAACAUCUUAUUUUUUUCUUUCACAUUUUAAUAGUCUUAACUUUUAGUAUUUGUCCUCAAACAUUUAAUUUUCUCUCACGUUCUUGAGGGUAUAUUGUUAAUAAAAUGUGUAGGUUAUUAAACCACCAUGAAUGCCUUUUAUUACUUAUCUCACUAUGUGAUUCUGCUCUUCUCACGUCUUUAUUUGAGAGUAAAAUGUUUUUUUUUCUCAUCGUGUUAGAUGCAUUUGGUCAAAAUGUUUGGACAUUGCAGUCAUCCAAGUUCCUUGAAAUGACAUGGCACUUUGGAGAAAUUAAUUUUGUUCUAUUUUCACGUGAUCAAUGUAUCGUUUUUGGAGAUGUUUGCCAUCAUUUAAUGUCUCAUCAAUAUGUCAAUUUCUCACCUGAAAGUUCUGGAUAAAAGCCCCCAAGUUGGCCAAACAUUUGACUUAAAGGUGUUUAAGUGGCAAAAUGUGAUAUUCAAGUUGUCAGGAAUGAUGAAAGCCUUUGAAGAGAGUGGCAAAGUUCUACGUGCAUAUCUUUGUUUUGAUUAAUGGCUGCCACAGUCUGUCGCCGCUGCUGAAUGAGUUUGGUCAGAAGCCAAUAAAUCCUUCUUAAAUCAUCCAGCUGCACCGGCAGAGACAGAAAGUCAUUACAACAAGUCGAAUACACACAAACAAAGUUUCCCCACCGUCGCAUCGGUGUUGGAAUUGAACACUUCUCAGUGAUAGAUAUGGGUCAGUGGCUUUUACAGUUUGAUCUGUGUGACCGAGUGUCGGGAAAUUUUCUUUUUAAAUGUCGUGUUGCGAUGUGCAGCAGGCGUUCAAUGUUCAAUGCAGCCAUUUUUAAUGUUUAAUAUUGAAGAAAUUGGAAUAUUUUUACUUUUUUCCUCACUACCUUAUUGGUUUUACUGGGACCACCUUGGGCCUUGAGUAUGGGACACCAAGCCAUGUUGGCUGACGCAGUGACCUCAUUCUCAGAGCUCAGUAGGUGGCGCUCUAUGUUUAUUAUUUUAGCAGCAAUAAAAUGAGAGUGCCAACUAGUGGACUCUGACAAGUUGCUUCAUGAAUCAAAACAAAAAACAUAUAUAAAAUAUUAGCUAUUAUUCAUGAGCUAUAAACAAAAAAACAUUUGAUAAAUUCAGCAAGUACAGUAAAAUAAAAAAGGGGAUAAACAUGACAAAAAAGGCACUUGCUGAUGAAAAUGACAUAUUAAAGCAGCUCUGAAAAUAGCAUUGGCGGGUUCGAGCAAAACAACCUUCGCCGUGUAAUUCCUGAACCGUGAGAGUGACAACCAUUUCUAUUUUCCAUUUCAGUUGACAAACAACCUUGCAUGUCGGAGCAAACCUCUUUUUUUUCUUUUGCUUUGACUUCAUUUGAGUAAAAAAGACAUCAAUCAGUAUUAAUAUUUAUUUUCUCAUGCCUUCAGAGUCACGGGUCGACAUGAGCGAAAACAACUAAAAAUAUUCAGGGGAAGCAAAUUCAUUCCAGCGAAGAGGGGAUUUUAAAAAUCAAUUUGGAAGGAUGAAGAUUGUUUAUGAUGGGCCUGGUGUGUUGAUCGACUGCUGGUGUGAGAAUGUGAUCCACUUUAAAUGGUGCAGAAACACGGCUUCCGUGUUUAUUAUCUGUGAAGUAAAAACUGAAUAGAUGCAGGUUUGAAUCCCAGUGUGGUAACCGCUGUGGACUCUAGUUAUGUUGUGGACCCUCAGUUUUGAGGAUUUGACUCCCAAGGAAGCUUAGGCUGAAGGUUCGGUUGCGAUGCUUCCUGCAUGUUGCCCUGUCAUGGUUGCAGCUGAGUACCACACGGUGAUGAAUGCGCCUGGAGUGGCUUCCACUUCCUCAGUUGUCUUUCUCUCUUGUGGUGUUGCCAUGUUUGCGCCCAUGUUAAGACAUAAACCCGGACUCAGUCCUGCUCAAAUUAAGCAAUAUUUUUCCAGGAACAGGUUUUUAAAUCAACACAUCUAAAUGAAUCUCUUUCAUAAGGAAGGUUUUUCUAUCGAUGUUGAUGGAAUAAAAUGAUGUGUUUAGUUGAGGACUGAAUGACUUAUGCAGUGCGAAAUGGAUGUUUUCAAAAGGAAUUAUGGAGAGCACAAUUUUAUUUAUGGCUGUGGGAAUUCCCACUGUUGUAGUUGUCAGUCUGAUUCAUUUUGGUUUUUCCCAUGUCAGAACUGGGCUAACACGCUGGAAAACAUUCUUUAAAAUCAGAUAAUGUCUUUGAAUAAUUGAUAGAAGUGGAGCAGUGCACCAAGUUCACUUUGGUUUUGAGGCGGCUUAUACGUUCCACAAGUCUCAUCUGAAACACUUCCUGCCUGGUGUAAGAUGUUGCUCCUCUGCAGUACAUGACCCAGUUACGACAAAAAGUGGAACCCCUCAAACUAGUCACCCCGUUCUAUCUUCCUACUUCAGUCCUAAACUGUCCGAACAAUUCCAAUCCAGUUUGUGCUCACGAUGGCGCUGAAACAGCUCCUGUCACUCACAGCCUUUAUCCUCUUGGGGUCCCUCAAGGUUCUGUGCUUGGACCUCUCCUUCAAUUUUACACCUCGACGGCGCAAUUUAAUUGCUCUAUAGACCAGAAUAAAUUCCAGCACUCCACUGGUUCCAUUCCGCUAUCACCGCCAUCCUAAUCUGAGUGGGACACAGACGCGAACUCGCCUGAAACACAUCUGAUUAAACCAGGAGCAUGGAAUCCGUGGUCGUCUUUCUUGUACUUGCAAGUCGAUCACAAUCCGCCACAAAAUUGAGGUGUGAGCUUGAGGGAGCUGCAGAGAUAAAAACAGUCGGGUUGAGGCCAGGGCUUAUCAGGGCUCACGCUGUAGUGAUCAGAUCAUGUUGGCAAGCAGCUCACCGGGAGAGGUCAAGGUGAAACCAGCGCUCAUGUGCUGCACUGCGCUUCAUAACCAGUUCGCUCUGCCACUGAAACACACACAGAGAGGAGUGCAGAAGUGAUCUAGAUCUAUAUAAUACCAUAUAUAUAUAUAUGUAUUACCUUUACUCUCAACCAAACUAAAAUCCAAUUAUAAUA